AGUCCCAGGACUGGUACCCUGUGACUCUUGGUAGCCUUAAAGCCGGAUGGACUAUGGAUAAUCGACCAUGUCGAGUCUCGUGGCAACAUUUGCUUUUAGAAAAAGUUUUGAAAAUCUACCGAAAAGCCAGUUUUACGAAAGUUAGAGUUUUCAGACUGUUUUCACCUAAUAUUAAAAAAUUCACUAUUCGCUCACUGAACAUCAGGACGAGUUCAAAAUCUCAGGAUAUGAUUAAUGUUGUCCGCUAAACGUGAUUAUAAGAUCGAAGAAAUCGAAAAGUAUAUUUUUGUUAAUAGGUUUUCCAGAAACCCUGUUGGAAAACCUUAAGGUUUUUUAAAAUUUAUUGUCAGAUCUUCUAUAAACAAGAUAUAGAAUAGCUUAAAUACUCCACAUUCUGAAGGUCUGAACUCGUCCUGAUGCUUAGUGAGUGAAUAGUGAAUUUUUUAAUAUUAGGUGAAAACAGUCUGAAAACUCUAACUUUCAUAAAACUGGCUUUUCGAUAGAUUUUCAAAACUUUUUCUAAAAGCAAAUAUUGCCACGAGACUCGACAUGGUCGAUUAUCCAUAAUUCAUCCGGCUUUAAGGCUACCAAGAGUCACAGGGUACCAGUCCUGGGACUCUUCAGAAAUCCGAUACAACGCCCGAACCACAGAAAAUCAAGGUCUCACUUUACUCCCAUUUUGAAGAGAACACCUCGAGCUAUUAGCACAUGAAAAAAGUCAAUAGAUUCCUGUUUGAAUUUCGGAAACUACUAGCUAGUUUUCCAAAGAUCUUCUGAUAAACGGGCUUCGAAAAUUUUAUCGAAAAUCAGUUUUGUUUCUGAAAAGGUAGCCUCAAGUCUUGGCUCUGGAAUGGUGAAAAUCGCAAGUCUCUAUCUUUAUCUAAUGCUGAGUUAUUCAAAAAGCCGAUGCUCUUGUAUCUUGGAACUGAUAGUAGUUAUUACUAAACUCUCGUCGGUAUAUUCAUUUUUUAUUUGUCGUUUUUUGUGCAUUAAAAACCAUUUUUGUUUGUCAGAAUAUUUUCAUUCAGUAAUAUUGACAUAGGAACUUAAUAUGAGCUUUGAUGCAAAAUCAGAUCCAUUACUCUAACCUGUUCACAAAGAUACAGACAGAGUGAUACACCAAUUCUAAUUUCAAAUACUAAAAUUGAAAUUGGUAACGCCUGCGUAGAUAGAAAGAGAGAUGAUAAGAAAAUGUAUUUAUUUCUACACUAUUGUGUAUGUAUUGUUAUGCUUCAAUUUUAAUUCUAGUUUUUGGAAUUGGAAUUAGUACAUGCAACCUUUCUGAAGAGAUUAGAGUAACAGAUUGCAUUUAACAGAAUUUCCUGGCCUUGGCUGUUGAAAGAUGCAGUAUUUGCUCGUUUUCACCGUCUCCAAUUUAAACAUAUAAUAGGUUUUCUUAUACAAUACGUUUCGCUUUGAAUUUGCAGUUCAAAAUUUCUUUUUCUCUGAUAUGAAGCAGAAGUUCGAUGGCACAUUCCAAUCAAUAAUUCAUUAAAGCUCGCUGUAACCCAAGUCGUGAAUCUUGAAGCACUGCUCAAUAAAAUUACUGCAUCGUUACCUAAUAGCUAUCUCAUAAUGGUCAAAUAUUUUUUUCUGCUGCGAAAUUUUCCUUUUCUGUCAGAAGAGGAGUUAUUACUCAAUUCGAUGGAAUUACUUUACAGAUGAAAAUAGUUUGAGUCAUCAAUUUCAAUCAAAACUUACUCAAAAUCGAGCAAUAUUAAUUGUCAUGAAUCUUUACCAUCGAAAAGGGAAAAAAGUAGGAAAACAGAAAUCAUGUUUUUGAAACGAAUAAUAAAGAGCUUUUUUCCCUCAUAUGACGUGAACACAAUGAAAAAACACAAUUCUUUAUUUUCUUUUUUAUCCCCACAUUCGAGCUACAAAAAGUCUUCUCUUUCUGCUACCGGUAUUAUUUUAAAAAAAAAUUUUCUGCAAGAAAUAAGCCUUUUCUUUCUUUCAGUGUUUUAGAAAAUAGGGAUUGCAGUGUAAUGGUCUCACGGUAUAUUAUUGUCCUACUGCUCCUGCUAUUGUGUAACAAACUUCGGUGUUCAUCAUCCGGUUUGCAAGACGACAGUGAUUCAGCAUUAUCGUCUCUACUAGACGACAAAUUGCCGAUAGUUAUACGAAAAAUAAAUGAAGCCGGUAGGUUAGCACUUUCAACCACGCUCUCUAUUUAUACCUUUUAUUACUCCGUUCUGAUACCUUUAGUUAAUCGCCUCCGAUGUCCAAAAGGGUGGCAUCGACUCGGUGGUACUUGCUAUUAUUUUUCAUCGAAUAUUACAGCCACAGUGCAAACAGCGAAUCAGACGUGUUCAGAUCUUUACAUUCGUUCACGUUUAAUGAAACUUCGUACAGCAGUUGAAUUAGUCAAUUCAGUUCAUCUAUUAAAAAAAUACAAUUUAUCAGCAUUAUUAGUUGAUAUCAAUACACAGUUAAUUCACGGAAAGAAGACUGCCGAGCUAUUAAUCAAGGAUAACAAUGAUACCUAUGAACUUUUCACUAAGGCAGAACGGAAAUAUCGAUCAUUUACAGAAAAAGUUUUCUAUGAACUUCGUACAGCUGGCUUCAAACGAGAAGAAGACGACUUAGAGGUGAAUAAUCUUCCCGUAGUAGAAGAAAAGGUGGUGGAAGAGAAAGAUGAGGUUGAUACCAAGUGGAAAACGUGUGAUAUUCUGGUUUGGAAUACAUCUACUACCAACAACAGCGAACUGACAACAUUUAUCCUAAGAAUAGCGGAAAUAGAAGAGGAGGAAGAUAGAAAAAUCGUUUGUUCACUUAGUAACAAUCUUGAAGAAAGUGCGACAUAUCAUUUCGUCUGUGAACAUGUACUAGACUUUUGCUUUGCAAAUCUGCUCUGUGGAAAGCAUGGCUCUUGUACCAAUACAUUGGCAGAUUUUAAAUGUACAUGUUCAUUUCUCUACGGUGGAGAUCGAUGCGACAGAUUUUCGGCACAAGGAAAACAAAUUAUUUCAUUAGCAGUAGUAAUUGUGUUAGUAUACUUGCUUAUUCGAACGACGGUUUGGGAUUUUGGAAAGUUUUUGAGAAGUACGGCCAGUAAUCGUUUUACAACGGCUGCUGUCUUUGGCAUACUGGCUUUCGAAGUGUUGAAAAUCUUUGAAGAACUUUUAUUCUCUACGUCAGAUGUCGAUCAGGGUGUGAUUUUUAAAGUACUUCAACAAAUUGGCCUUGCAAUACUCGUCGGGUGUCGUUACUAUCCAAUUCUUGCAUCGCUGCAGUUAUCUUCUGCAACAUGUCGAUGUUUCGCCUUUCUCUACGUACUAGCUGAUAUCGCUUAUACAAUCUAUCGUGAAGGAUCCUGUAUGGGCUUGAUUUCACUACCAAAAAAGUUUUCGGUACUAGAUGAAGCUACUCUACGUUUGGAACUUGGCACAUGGUUUAUUAUCUAUGGUGUAUUCAAAAAUAUACCACACUAUCUAUUCCUGUCUUAUAUCGGAGCUGAACUGUCUGUACGAUUUAUCUAUGAAUCUAUAUGUCGAUGUCGAACACGUAAUGCAGAUAAGCCUGUUAUGCUUGGAUCAAAAUACGUAGAUGAAUAUACAUUCAGCACAGAGUAUGCAAAGAAAUUGUUUAAGCGCCAACCAGACGAGAAAACUCGACAAGCACAACUUGAAUUCCAAAGACGAUUACCGUCACCACCGGCGGCUGUAGCAGCUGUAACUGAAGCGGUAGAAGCAGCCGAAGCAGACGAAGCAGUAGUAUCUAAACUUGCAGCAUUCGCAUCCACAGUAACUGCGACAAUAGUCGAUGAAAGUAUUCGUUAUUAUGUUGACCUAAAAAAUUAUAUUUACAGAUGGGAUGAAGACUUUCAUUUUACAGCCAUGAUUCUGUAUCAUAGUUUUCUUGGUCGCCCCUUGGAUAAGCAUGCAUUCUGUUAUCAAUUGUAUGACGAUAUCAAGAAGCGACCGCCUCCGCCAAACGAGGAGGAAGUGAGCAAGAGUAUGCGUUUAAGAAAGAAACGUAUACGUACACGUUGGUGUCUAGCUUACAUAAUUAUAAAAAAUUGCCGUCUGUUCGAUCUCCGUAAACAAGUACACAUUCGUCUCGCACGACUUUGCAGCUAUAGCGGUGGAGACACAUUCAUUCCUGCUCAAUCAUCUUCACCUGUACAACGACGACGACGACGAUCGUCAGACACCACUACACAUGGCGAAAGUCCAAACGAAGUCCUCCAUCCAGUGGAAAACGAAGACGCAGUGAGCUCACAAAGUAUUCAAACGUCGUCAUUAAGUAGAGCAGAAAGCUACAUUCAACGACAGGCCCUAAUUGCACAAAUAAAUAAUACGACAACAACAAUUACAACUCAGCGCGUGUCACCAUAUCAUCUUAUAAUCUCGGUUUCACCCGAUGAAACACUGCCACUGUUGGAAUCAUCAGUUUAG